AUGGUGGAUCUGGCAGCGUUUGUCGCCGAGCAUGCGGUUCCGGGUCAAGGGCAGCGGCCAGCCGACAGGGUUAUCCAUGAGGUGGUCGAGCAAGCGUCGGCUGAUCUGGCGCGCGCAGAAGACCAGGAUGACGCUGCGCAGCAGCAAGCGCUGUUGGUGAUGCGAAUCGUGUCGCGUUGGGCCGGUGCCGUGCCUUCAGACAAGUUUCAAGACAUGACACGGGCCGCCUUUCAACGAGUUAUUGGUACUGGACAAGCCGAGCCCUCCCCUGAUCAUGCGCGGACCGUGGAGGAAGCUUGCAAGCUGUUCAUCAAUGCCAUGCUUCAGCCCGCCAACACCCAUGUCUUUGACGAUGCGCAGCAUUGGGCGCUCAUCUCUGUGUCGCCACAGACCCUUUGGUUCAAGUUUCUGUACAUAAUGAUCGCCAAAACGUCUUCGGCCCUCGCUGUCUUUGCCGACAGUGAUCUUUGUCAGCACUGGCUGCAGCGCGUCAUGCAACACCCGGCCGCGUGGCGCAGCACGCCCGAAGCUGAUUUAGCGGUGCACCUGGAGGCUUUGCUGACUGCCCAGCUGGCAGUGGCCUCGAAGCGCCGGCCGGUGGUCCGUGCCGCCUGCGAGCUGUUAGUUGCUCUCCCAGAAGACAUUGUGUGCCUGCGUCUCGAGGACAUGCGCGUUGACGCCCUCAGUCUUGACGCCAUUGUUGAGCAACUUGAGCAUGAGGUUCUGCGCUUGGAGGAUUCGGAAGAUCUACGCGACGCCAUUGCCCCCUAUCUCAUGGUGUUAUCCGUCAUCAGCAUGAACGAUCGAGCGAGUGCGCGACAUCUUCGUGCAAAGAUUUUGCCCCCACGUAUCGACCUAGACUCGGCCCCCGAAGAAGGAGAUGGACUACGGCCGGCGCUGAUUCGUCUCAUGACUUCCCACGUCACGCACUUGAACAUGAUGACCUCACAACUUUUGUAUCAUCUCUGCGAAAAGGAUGUUAACAAGCUCGUCCGCCGGACUGGUAUGGGCAAUGCGGCCGGUCUUCUCUCGGCCCUUGGUCAGCUGGGAGCCGUGGCCGAUCCCAGCAAUGAUGCGCUGGAGUCGGAUUCUGAGGAUGAGCUAGAGGCGCAGGGCGCGCCGGUGAAUCCCGUGACCGGUCGUCGUUUUAGCCCUUCGACUGCAUCCCGGCCCGCAAUGACUGAAGAGGAGGAAGAAGCUAGGUUUGUGCAUGCCCACCCCGAUGGGAAUGCGUGCUUGACGCGGAAAGAGCUGUCUGUCUUACAAUCAAUCAUCGCAUGCCACUUGUAG